UUAAGUUCAGUCCGAGAAGUAGACAGUUGGUCUCUGCUUUCGGUGGAAUGUAGGCCCACAGACGAAUUUCUUUACAGGAUUUUUGGGAAACAGACUACCAGUCGAUCAUUGACAUCUUUUAAUUCAGGUAAAAGUACCAAGUGACAACCAUGUUUAGCUUCCACAAGCCAAAAAUCUACCGUAGUAUGAGUGGUUGCUGUAUCUGUCGAGCAAAAUCAUCAAGUUCUCGCUUCACUGACAGUUCCAAAUAUGAGAGAGAUUUCGAUAAAUGCUUCAGAAUUCGAGAGGAGAGAGCAGGUGAAAUCUGCAAUGCUUGUGUUUUGUUGGUAAAGCGAUGGAAAAAGUUACCAGAGGGAACAAAUCGACAUUGGCAUCAUGUGGUGGAUGCACGGGCAGGCCCUGGGACAAAAUCAGCACUGAAAAUCAAGAACAAGAGCCCGAUCAAAUUCAAGAAGCACAAAACAAAGAAGUUAAAAGUGAAAAGGCCACAAUAUCCCAUCAUUCCAUGUCCCAGUCCGAUCUCAGACGAGUUCUCAGGAGAGGACAGUUGUGAUAGAACACUCCAGUUUUCACGGAAGUUUUCUCUGGACUUCAGUGAUGAGUCUGACAACGAGGACUCUAACCACGUGUCCCGUGGGAAACACUGCAAGCGAUCACCCAGCAAAGACAGAAUCAGCUCCUUUCUCGAUCUCACCUACUGGAAAAAGACACAGGUUUGUUGCGGGAUCAUCUUCAAAGGGAUCAACGGCGAGGUACUGGUGGACCCAAGGCUCCUGAAGCCGUGUUUCUCCUGUCGCAGCCAGGACGCGGGCAGCAAGAGCGAGAUUCACCGCAGUCAGUCAGUGGAAACGGAGAGCAACGCCAGCUCAAACAGUUACAACGACAAUGACUUUCUCGAGAUGAAAAGUGUUGAUUCAGAACAAGGGACACCGUCAUCGUUUUCAAUAGACAGUCACGAAACCGCCGCCGCCUUCGCUCUCGAAAGACUCACCUGUGCUGCUAGUAAACUGGAAGCUAGUUAUACUCACAGAGCACUAGCAAUGGAGUGUUGAGUGCAUGCGUGGAGCUAUACAUUUAACUGUAGGUUGGACAAAACAGUAAUUGGAGUCUUACAAGUGUAUGGAUAUGACAGCUGCCUCAUCUUAUUCUGUGGUUGCUUAUGAAAUGAAAUGGAUUGAAAUUGUUGAGAAUAAUUAACGAAAAAAAAGAAGUUAUUUGUUUAUCAACAGAAAAUGCAGUUUGUAACAGCAAUUUACAAAUGAGUUGGGAAAAAGUGCAUACUAUGGUGACUUAUUAGGAAAUGGUGAUCUGAUAAUAAUAAACUAACACAAAGAUCAAACUCAGGAAUCCUUCCAGAAGCUGCACAAACAUUGAGCCAUUCAUAACUGCCAUCAUCAAAGUAUGAAAUGCCCUGCUAGCAUGCUGUGUGAAUGACGAGUUGAUGUCUGAAUUCAUGUUUGCCCACUGGUAUUUUCCUUUACAUCGUUUUUUCUUUUUAAUUUGCUCAACUUGCUUUUUCUUUGCUAAAGAACAAGUGUUAAAAUGAUUGCUCACAACCUGUCUUAUAAAUGUCAGUCUCUCGUGUGAGCUAUAUUAUGAUAUUUUACCUUUUUAAUUACUUUUUGUUUGUUAAAAAUUAAAAUAAAUGUGGUUAAAUUAUUUCUGGGCUGCCUCUUGAAUAUUUUGUGGGUUAACUAAAAAAGAAUGUUUUCUGGUUGAACUGUAUACAAGGUGGCUUUGGUAUUCUUGGUUCCACUGGUCAGCUGAGGAAUAUAUUUGUUGACAACAGAGUACAAUAAAAAAAAAAAUGCAGAUGUGGUUCUGUGAAUACACAAAAUAUUCUUGUUGCAAAUAAUUAACUGUUAGGUUAAACUAGUCUAAACAGUCACUUUUUCAGAACAUCAAAUGCAUUUGAAGCUUUUGCCAUUUCAUUUAUAGCACUGAAGGAAUUGGUUGUCUGUAAUAAUGAAAAUCUGUGUAGCUUUAUUUUUAUAACCCAGUAAAAUAGAGCCAUCGGAUUCCAGUUCUGAAGUGUUAACAAGCUAAAGAUUUGAUAGUAUUCCUCACAUGGGUUAGCUAAUUGACAUAUUCAUCUUGUUUUUGUGUUGAGCCUCAUACACAGUGAAUUUUCUUCACUACAUGUAUGUCUGAAUCCUUCACAAGUGUUGUGAUUUCAUGCUCUUUGUUUUCUGUUUGCCCGGUUAAACUGCUAUGUUAUCUUUUGUACCAAAUUGAAUGUUCUAGAUGUUGGUGGAUAUUGGACUGUGAUUGUAGUUGUUAGCUACAGUGCACAUAACAACAUGAGGAUGUGGACUCAAUCAUAAAGACCACUUAUUUAUCACAUGAAUCAACUCUGAAUUUACUCAACCUUCCAUGGACAUGGACAUUUGUAAAGUAAUGUAACUUAUUCCAUUGUCAUGUAUUGGUAAUAUACCAUUUUUUUUCUUGUCCCACCUUUACUUUCAUAUCAUAUUUAAUAACAUCCCAUAAGAUGGUGGUUUGCCAGCUCAAAAUAGUCAAGCAGACAACUCAUUACUGAACCUUUCAUGAAAUAUUAGUAUGGCUGAGACUCGUCAAACGAAACAUUACACACUUUCAUUGAUGUGAUGAGUUUUGUAUAUAAUACAGUCAACCACACAUUUUUUGUAAUGACUGAAUGUGUUCAGUAAUCUUUGGUUUGCAUUAGGUAUCUGGAAAAGAAACGUCUUUUAGCAGUGGUUAUUAAUCUCCAGUUGAGCAUAAUAGAACAAAGGACAAAAUAUAUAUUUAGGAAAGCCAUCCAUCAAGCUGCUGUGAGCAGAGUGGCUUUCUGUGAUAUCCAGUUACAGCAAGCCACACAAAUUGAUAGCAUCUCGCACUUUUAAAAUCCAUUUUGAAAAAGAAACACUAAUUACUGGCAAACAUGUAGACCAAUACUUCCAUUGUUCGAGAGUUCGACUUGAAACAUGAAUAUUCGUUAGAGGCAUAAUCAACUUUAGACCAUGUUAACAGCAAUGAGAACUGUGAAACAGAUGUACAUUGUACCAGGAUUUAGAAAUUCCAAAGACUGGUCUUGGACUCUUUGUAAAACCGUGAUGCAAAUUGAAUAGUUUCAAGUGAAGACAAUGCUUUUUGUCAGUCCAAGUUUUAAAACAUGGCUCUCUCUACAUAUUUGUAUUGACGAAUAUGUUUAUCAUACAUGCUUGUAAAUGUAUCAUAAGAUAGGUCUGCAGGUUUUAACUGAAUGUCAAAUGCAUCUUGAGUAGGUUAUGCCUCUUAUAAGUCAUACUUAAUUGAUCAUUUUACUGUUUCUUUAUGACUUGAGUAAAUUAUUAUAAUGUAUUUGUGUAUAUAAAUCUGUACAAUUUUUAACUUAUUUAUAGUGUUACACUGACGACAAGUUGGGACUAGUUGCUUGUGCAUGCAGAAUUGUACAUAGUCAUUGCCAAAAUAUCUUUAUGUUGCUAAUAUAAUGCAUCUAGUCAAUAACAUGAUGCUAUGAAUGUUAUAAAGAAAAAAACAAAAAAAAAAACAGGGAUCCAAGUGAAUAGUUAAACGAUAAACAACGUGCAUUCGACAAUGCUUUUAUGUUCUAUUGAAACCAUCAGUGAAAUUGAGGAUUAAAUGAAAUGGAAUUGACGAUUACACAGUACUAUUUUCUAUCAAACUACCUAUACAUAUAGUAAAUUGAUCAAAUAAUUAACACAGAAUUUUUUAUUAAUGUAAUUAAUGAUUCUUGGAGUUUCUUUUUUCACUCGUUAAAGAGAAAAUGUUUGGUAAUAAUUGUUAGACAUAUUAAACAUUAAAAAACACCACCCCAAAAAGCCAGAUUUGACAAUUCACUUGGAUUCAGAAAAAAAAAAUGUACAUGAAUGUUAAUUAAUACAGAUUUUAUGUUUUAUUUGAUGUAAAACCUUCAAUAUUUACAUGUUUCAAAUGUAUGAAAUGUUUUUUCUGUUCCUUUAAAAAAAAUUUGUGUUAUUUAUUUAUUGAAAGUAGAGAUUGAUCAAAUCAAAAAGAUGAUAUCAUGUCAUUAAUCCUAUACCGGUACAUGUUAAUGACAGCACUUUCUUAGGCAUCAAAAACAUAAAUUUUGGUCCACUUCAAACUUUACUCUUCGUUUUGUACAUACACACUUUUCUGUCUGGAUCGGCCAUUUCAAGGCUCCCACUGAUUCUGAACUCGAGUUUUGGGGUAUCUUCAGUGAAUUUGAUGUUGGUUAUGUAUGUUAAUAGUAAUUAUGGUUAAUGGAAUUUGGGUUCACUGCCGUAUUUGUACUUGGCUAAAUUAAUAGAAAAGUUGAUUUUUCAUUUUGUGGAGGUUGGUUGGGAGAAAGACACUAACCCCCCCCCCCACCCCACCCCACCCCCCAAACAAAAAAACCCCCCAAAAAAACGAUUUGACUAAGUUUGAAUAAUUAGACGCAACAUAAAAUCUCAGGGAAUUCUAUUGCAUUCUAAUAGUAGGAACCCUGAUUAUUAAUUUAAAAUUAAUUUGUUUUGGUUUUAGGUUGUCUUCAGUUUUAUUGUUCCUCUGUCAUUUAAUUACCAUUAUGGUUUUCUUCACUGAUGCAGGUCUCAAAACAUAAGAUAAUGAUCAUAUCUUUUAGUAGCGUUACCAACGUUUCUGAUCUUCCAAGUUCAUGUUUCAUUCACAGAAUUCAUCUAUCAUACAUACAUGUGCAGGUUUCAUGUUUAACAAUUAACAACAUAUCCUAUUCAAUAUUUUAGUGAAUGAUAAAAGCAUCCUUACUGAACUGUGGAGUAGUAUAGACAUCUUGACCACGCUAAUAUGUUUUCAAAUUUGAGAUGUACAUAUAUGUCUCUUUAAAAAUGUCACUUGAUAUUUUGUAAAACCAAAUGUCGGUGUUUGGAGAAUGGUUUGUGCAUGUGCUUUUAAUCACCAGAAGGUGAACAAAUUUUAUUGUAGUGGCUGGUUUUGCCCAUUUUCAAGUAUUGUCCCAUGUCCCAUAGAUAAAGUACUUGAAAAAAAAAAGGGAUGUGAUUUUCCCCUCAUUUUGUCCAAAAUCAGUUGUUUUGUAUAAAAUGAUUUCCAAAAAUUAAAUUGUAUUUAAUCUCAAAUGCUGAAAAUUACCUUUAUUUAAGCAUGAUUUAGAGUUCUCACAAGUUUUUAAAGAUCAAUUUCAGAUUUAAUUUUAAAUGUGUGUCACAUCCCUGCAUAUAUGGUCAGUCCUAAAAGUUAGCUUCUCUUCAAUAUUAAUUGUAUUGUCCUGCUGGUCUGGUGUCAGAUGUAGAUGGAUUGUAUAUUUGUGUUAAGAUUCUUGACAUAAAAAUGUGUAUUAUUGUUCACUUGUAUAUUUAUUAUGUUUUGUGUCAAGAGCUUGGACACAUAACUCGAGAGAAUGAAUUUACAGUAAAAACAUUGUUUUGGGAUACAUCCAGAAGAGUUCGAUCAGAGUGAGACUUCAUUCACUGGAUAUAUAUCUUGUUAUCUUAUUAUGACAUCAGAUACAAUUUGAUACUAAACCUCUUGGUACAACACAGAGUAUAUUUUGAUAAUUUUGUGAGAAAUACAUGUAAUCUCAGGGUUUGAAUGAAAUAAGAUUUUAAAAAAAAGAAAUUACUCAUCCUUAUGGAUGUUAUAAAGUUUAAAAACCUGUUACUCUAUCUUAUGUUGAUAUUUCAAAGUAUAGGUCAUUAGAGGCGAAUUAGCCAAACUGUUAUGUUGAAAAGUUUAUUAUGAAUGAAAGUUUUGCUUAUAUGUCCUCUGCUGAAAGAUUAUUCGUGAUUGUUGAAUUGUUCAUUCAUAUAAAUCAGUAUGUGUUAGAGCAGUGUCUCUCAACCUCGGAAUAAUGUCCAGAAUAUGUACAAAUGUAAUGGGAUAUAAUGGACACAAACAGCCAGAAUCAUAAAAGCAGUUAGUCUAUUUUUUGAAGAUGGCCAGUUGAUGGUCCCCAAAGACAAAGUGGUUGAGAAACAUUACUAGAAUGUACCAUUGAAUUUUACUUUUUCUAUUUUCCAUUCAUAUAAUAUUUCCUUUAAAAACAGAAACUUACGAUCUUGGAUCACAAUUAAAAUGUUUCACAUAUUGUCAUUCUUUCUGACACUUAAAUUGUUUUUACCAAUCUCCAGAAAAAGAAUACAAUGGAACUUGCCAAAACAGUCCUUGGAUGCACUAGAUUUCUGGAAAUGAAGCAAAUAUAUAUAUUUUUUAGUCUUUUUAGCAAAACCAUAAGUAAACCUAAAUGUAUUACAUUAAGAAUGUAGUGAAAACAUCUAUUCAGCUGAUUUUAGUGAAAGUAACACAUCUUCAUAAGCAAGUCAUCAAACACUCAUCAGGCAGCAGACCAUUGUUUCUGACUCGUCUACACAGACCGAGCCCUGACCAAAUAAUGAAAUAAUGAUUGUGUACAUUGGUGGGAUUCAAAUUUGUUUAAGCAUGUUGAACAAUGUGCAGCUUCUGUUUCUUGGUCACCAGGACAGUAAAUGGAUAUCCAAUUAACCAAUAUUUAAAAAAAGUCAUUGGUUCAAAGCUUUUCUUGGUAUUGAGUUCAGUUGUGUGAAGAAGUAUUCAUCACUGUUAUACUAAAACAUUCCAAAUUGAUGAACUGCUGAUCAUGUUUAAUUCACUUUUGUAAAUCAUCAACAACAAAAAAGAAGAUGCUUCAUUAUAUAUAUAUUUUUUUUAUCUUGGUACUAAAACGAAAUUAAUGUGACAAGAUAAUAAUCAAUGGUUAUGCACAUCAAAAUGUAAAAUGUAUUGUAUACUUGUCAUUGCACAAGUUCAAUUAAAUUAAAAUGAUUAAUUGUGCAGUCAGCAUUAGAAAAUCUCACAUUAUUUGAUUAGCAGGAUGAGUAGGUUUUGUCAAGUUCCACUGUGUCAUCUUCCAGUUACUGGUUUAGCAUUUUGUUAAUUGGUCAUAUUAUUGAACUGAUUUUGUUCUACAGACAAAAUAUUUGGGUUUUUUUUUCUUAAUUUUAUUUUGGUACAUAUAUGCAUUUUUUAAUUAUUUUUUUAUUACAUCGAUUUGAGACAAUCGGUCUAGUUGUGUUCACUACUGUUCAGGCAUUCAUUUCUAUCUCUUGGUUAAACUAUGUGCCGUCUAUGCGUUUGACUUUAAUAUUUAUACCUAUAAUUUAUUUUAGUUGUCAGUGAUACAAAUAUUCACAGGUAGUGAGAACCAUUUGCUGUUAGCACAUUAAUGUUGUCAAUUACGUGCAGCUAGAAAAAAAAAGUCCAUUACAGUACAGAAAAAAAAAAAGUCCAAAAAGCAACUAGAAAAAUUGUUUUAUCUAUUUUGUUUUGAGUAAAACAUAGGUUCAACAUCAAACUGCUCAGACGUCUUUAAACAUUUAACAGUUGAAUACAGUUAGUGUCAUUGGCGUCAAAUACAGAUCAGUCAGAUUACUAAAAUGCCACAGUUGCCAUUUUCAGUUGUACACAUUCAUUAAAAAGAUUUAGUCAUACAAAUAUAUGUGAAGCUUUCGGUUUGCAAUUUAAAUAAGUUUACAAUUUACAAAAUGAUACAUGGCCUUUCAUAGCUUCAAAUUUCAAUGCCUGUGUACUUGACACAUUCCAGAACUGGCAAAUGACCACCAGAAACCAAUGAAGUAGUUAUUUGUGGCAUAGCAUCUAUUUGCCAUUGAUAAAUGGUCAUGGAAAAUUGGUAAAAUAAUUAACAAAACCUUGCAUUAACUAAUUAAUCUGUAUGUACUAGUAUGUUAAAUUUGAAGUAACUUAACUUUUUCAUAUUGCUCUUGAAUGUAAUUUGAAAUAAAAUUAUUCCUGUGCAAAAACAGAAAAUUAACAAUUGUACUGUAUGGAGACUUCUAUGAAUUAUACAGUGUUUAUUUUUGAAGUUGUUCUUUGUAGAAAUUAAUAGUUUAGUGAGAACACACCUGUGUAUGUAUCUAUAUCUGUUUAGACAUUGUUAUCUAGAUCGUUGUUGUUGUUGAUAACAUAUUGUAUGAGAGAUCUGAAACGUACUGCAGCACUUAAGUGAUCAUUCCCUAUUUUAACACAUCUUGGAAUAUAAGGAUGUUAUUAAUGCUAAAUUAUUCAGUGAUGACAUUGCUGUCUACAAGCGAACUGUUUCCUUCAAAUGAUUUUCUUGUUUACUAACAGUUUUUAUAACAAAAUAUAAGAUUGCAUGCAUACUCAUUAACAUAAUUUCAUAAUUUAUUGCAUUCCUGCAUCAUAUUUAUUUUCCUUUCAUUUUUUUCUUGUGUAUUUGUUGGUUGAGAUAAUAAAAAUGAACCCAAAUCAUUUGCAUGGAUGAAUGAUGGAAUGUGUGUUCCGUCUUUUCUCACAGAGUGUAAUGGUUUAACACUCUUACAAUAGUAACUUGCCAUGUUUCUUUAUUAUUUAUUUUUACUUAGUUAAGGAUUUUACUAUGCAUGUUGAAUCCUUGAAAGAUGUAGUAAAUAUAUUUUGUAUAAAACAGAAAAGAACAGUAAAAAAAACUAUCAAAGAAAUGGUGGUAUCAAUGACAUUUUACUGAUUAAAAAAAAAAAUGUCUGUGCAUCUUGUGUGAAAAUAUGGAUUCAAAGCCAAGCUAUUUAUUGAUGGUAUUUAUUUAUUUAACUUGUUUGUCAUCAUUAUACCUCAUUUACCUCAUUUGUUAGAUUACACCCUCUGCAACUAAGUCCUUGCCAAAGGUAAUUUUUAUCAAAGACAACGAGCUGACCCAUGUCUAGUUUUUAUGCAACCAACACAAUUCUAUGUGCUUAAUGUGAUGACAAUUAGGACAUUUGCUGUCUUGGUUUGGAUGGAUCUGUGGAAUGAUGGUAGUACCAGUCAAUGAAAGUCUGAUGAUAAAUGCAUUGAGUCAGUAAAUAAACUAUGAAAUCAUACAGUGGUGUGUCAAAUUUUGUUACCAAAAACCUUUCUGUUGCGUCCAGGUUUAAUUAUUUUAAGUUGUAUUUACUUAUGAUAUUUAUUUUGUUCAGCAUACUUGACAUUUCUGUUAAAAGCAAUGAAUCCACAUUAUUAUUUUGCAGAAAAUGUUCAGUUUGUUGUAUUGUCAUAAUUUAUUUAUUUAUAUAAUGUAAUUUUUUUUCUUUUUUUUUUUUCUUUUUUUUUAUAAAUAGAUACUUGAAUUGCUAAUGGUAAUAAUGUGUCUUCGAGAAUAUUAUUUGUUUUAAAAGUAUGCUAAAAUAAAUACCACAUUUAGGUACAUGAUGAAGGGUCAGUGUUGAAAUGGUGACUAUUUUUUUUUCAGGAUAUAAAAUCUUGGUUUUGGUACAUGAUUGGAAAAGGAUUCAAUAGAAACAUGUCUGGUUGAAUGAAUUUGACGGAUCACUUUACUUGGGGUGUUCGUGUUCUUGUAAGAUGUUUUGUCAAGGAUAUUUUUUGCAGUGGUGUUGUUGUCUUUUUGGUGUGAUGGAGUGAUGUGAUAUAUUUCGUUAGGUGUUAUUCAUGUUUGACAUGACUAAUUUAGUAAAUACAUGUCCCCAGCCAGAUUUUAUUAUUCUUAUUUUUUAAUUUUGUUUUUGACAGAUCUUCACAAUUUACCCAGUUGUAGCUGCAAUAAAGUCUAUGCACAUGACAAAUAUUUUAUACCUUGCCAUAUCACCCUGCAUGUUAUCAUCAUUCAUAUAUUUGUGCUGUUUGUUGACCACUGUGUGACAUAGAUCCACCGAGCGUGGAACAUACAUGGUUCACAUACUGAUGAUACUCAACUCGAUAGCCAAUGAAAAAUAUUGCUUCCAACGUCAUUUUGGUCAUCUAUAAUUGAGAUUGCAAUCAUAUCACAUUUAUGAUUAUCUAAGCCGCAGUACCGUGCAUGUAUGUUGUGUUUGUGCCUUGCAGAAUGAAAUGGUGUACGUGUUUCAAGUUAUUAAUGGUCAUGUCCUGGCUUCAUUGAAAUGUCUACAAGCUUUUACACCAAAGUAGAGUUAAAAGCAGAUUGCAAAAUUUCAAUUUACUUGAUAAUUCAGCACAGUCAACAAGCUUGGAGGUCAUGACAUUUUCAUUUAAUACUUAAUAUGCAAACUGUUGAAAUUAAAAAGUAAUUGUUUGUUCUGCUUGUAAGCAUGUUUUUCUCGACCACGUGUGAAUAUGAGCAUCGCCAUUGACCCAUAAUAUAUUAUCUGGCUGGGGUGCAUAUUUUAAAAGUUCGUGUAUUUUCUUUGUACAGAAGUUGUAUAAAAUAAAGAUGAUGUAUGUUUUGUUCCAUGCUUUAGUCUAAACUACAAAAUCUUCCUUCACGCCUGACUUAAUUGACGUCUGAUGUUAGCGAGUGACGUCUCGGAAAUCAGAAAAUCAGUGCAUUUGAUACUUGAACUUAAAAAAUGAGUCCUUAUGAUGCCCAAAUGUGGGCUACUGGCCACCCGUGUGGUUGUUACUAAUGUUAUAAGGUUUUAACUUGUAUGUUUUAGCAUAUCUUUUGAAAAUAAAACUCUUUUUAAGUAAAUUUGUUUCAUAAUAUUUUUGUGCUAAAACCUCUGGCUUCUGCAUAUAUUCUCAUUAGUUCAGCCGAUAUGGAAUUCAGUUCAGUUGAUUUCAUAAAAAGCGUACAUGUCUUCAUGAUGGAUUGCAAAUAAAUUUGUUAGGUGUGAUUUUGUACAGCAUUUGUCGUGUGUUAUUUGUAUUAGAACAGUGGUGUGAGAUAAUAAAAUGCCACCAAACGCUGCCACCCUCUCACCACCACCAAUAAUAUGUCGAUAUGAAAUUUUGCAGAUAGCCUAUUCGUCCAUAUUACAUUAACUGUUUAAUUGGUCAUUCAGUGUUGACUAUAAUUGUUGGCUUCGAUAUAAAUUUGUGCCUAUUCAAUCUCCACAUACGUGUCUAGUUUUAGUAGUAAUAAAAACAUUUUUUACAGCACGAAGUCUCAAGUGCAAUAAAGUUCACGCAAUGUCCCACAUUAUUUAUACUGACAACAAGAACCACUUGCCCGGUUGAAUGGAAAGCUAAAGAGCUAUUUUGAAAGUAGGGUUACAGGAAUACUAACUUGCGUUUAAUUCACAUCAUUUGUUACCUCUUGUGGCCUGUUAACUGUCCGUCUUGCACACGUUUGUUUUAAUUUAUGGAGCUUUUGGUACCUAUUACAACAAAUGAGAAAUGUUCUCUGAAAUUUUUUUUCUAAAUUUUAUUUAUUUGUAUUAAUGUUUUGUUUUGUAUUUUGCCAAAUUGAUAAAAUUUAACGAACAAUUGUCCAUCAAACCAUUUCACUGCGUUCUGGGUGUGUGGUCCAUUCUAGCUAUACAUUCAUCAGUUUAUCAAACGUUCAAAUAAUAUAUAACAGCGGCAUAUAGGUAUAUAGGCAACUCAACAUUUCACUUUGUUGCUCUUUAUCUAUAUCUCGUUUACCGUCAAGCGCCAAAAACCAGACUAGCGAGCGCUUCGUAACACCGCAGAGACUGGCUACAGUUGAAUACUGGGCAGUCUAGAAAGAAAGUGAGGUGAUUAAUUUUCCAAAUUAUAAUUUGGCUGUAGACCGACCGACUGGGUAUUUAAUCCAUGUCAGGUUGUCUUAACUGCCCAAGUAUACGACCACGUUAAACCUGAGUCAUUGUGUAUGUCUGUGUCUUAGAACAAUAACCGAAGAUUCAUAACUCGACUGGACUAAACGUUAAUAUUCAUUAGUUAAGAGUUGAUUUCAAAAAAAAAAAAAAAUCUGUUAUUAAAUAAAAUUAUUUCGCUAAAUUAAAAUAAAAUUCUCCAAUUGCUUUUAAAAUUCGCAGUCGAUAUAUUUGGCGAGUGCCAGAGUUGGCCCUGUUUAAUAUUCGUUACGCUAGAGACAUCUUAGGACAUAUUUUACGUAGCGUUGGUGUUGGACGUAGUAUAAGAUUGGAACAUGCACCUAAAACGUUUGUGGACUGUUGGGCUGUUGAUACAUAAGCACUUUUGUUUUUAAAUUUGUUGCACCUUGUAACUUCAGUGUCUUAGUCUGUCUUCCGUGGGACACGUUGUUUUGUCGAGGUUAUUGUAGACAUUCCUCUAAGGAAAUAGAUUAAUGUAUCGUUUGGUUCGCAAAUCAUUUAUACAUUGCACCAUUUCAUUUAUUCAUUUGCCAUGUGUUUUCUACUCCUUGGUCAUUCAGGGUUUUGUAUUAAUAAACGUUUGCUAAAGA